AUGGAGCCAAUUACCUCCUCAUUAAAGCGCGAACACAGUGAUAGUGCUGCAGCUCCGUUAAAGUCGAGACAACAGCAUCACACACCUAAUAAAUCUAUCCAGAACACUCCGGAGAAACAUCCAAAGCUUGAGCCGUCCCUUGACGUAGGAGAUAUUGGCUCCGAGUCUCUUCCCGUUGAAGACGAGGAGGAGGAAUUAUUCGGUGAGGAUGAAGAGGAGGAAGAUGACGAAGAUCAGGAUGAGAACGAAAGGCUAGCAGAAGUGCUCGGUGUUGAAGUGUUCGAGGGAGGAGAUGGAGGAAUUGGCAGUGGUGAUCGACGAUCAGUCACACCUGCGGAGCAGCAGGAGGAGACCAACAGGGCGGAAGACAGGAAGUUGCUGGCCCUGAUGGCUCAUUUCAAUGAUGAUCAGUUGAGCCGUUUUGAGACAUUCAGACGCGCGACACUUACAAGGUCUGCCGUUAGUAGGCUCAUCCAGUCAGUGGCUCAAUCCCCCUUUUCUCAGAAUGUUGUCAUUGCAAUGGCUGGAAUUACAAAAGUUUUUGUGGGCGAAAUUGUUGAAGCAGCCCUCGACUACAAGGAAGAACUCAAGGAAAUCGGACCCCUGCAGCCAAAGCACAUCCGAGUGGCUUAUUCCCGACUCCAGGCCCAACAACGGACAUCCCGACCCAACCGUCUGAAUCCGUUUUUCUAA